CCCCUCCCAGCUCCCGUCUUUCCUUUCCUGCUUUUGUCACUUCCUCUCCUUAGCCCUGAUCGUGUGGUGUGAUCGCUCCAUGGAAAGUUUGUUCUGCAUCCAAGUGGGCUGGGUUUGCGCCCCCUGACAAGUGUUGAAGGAGGAAGAUGGAAGUGGCUGAAUCUUCAUCACAACAACCAAGAGAAGAUAGAUGGAGUAGCAUAGAGAAAUCAGUUCACUUUGCUCCUGAUCCCAGUGGUCUCCUGUCUGAAGAUCAGUUCCUCUGUUCUUUCUGUCUGAAUGUGUUCACUGAUCCAGUCUCCACUCCAUGUGGACACAACUUCUGCAUGAAAUGUAUUACAACAUGCUGGGGUGACAGUGAGCAGUGUCACUGUCCAUUCUGUGAAGAGAAAUUCACCAAGAGACUAGAACUCAAGGUCAAUACAGCCUUCAGAGAGGUUGUAAAUCCUUUCAAGAAGAAAAGUGGUCUGGAUAAACCUGAGGUUCUUUGUGAUGCCUGCAUUGGAGUGAAGCAGGAAGCCCUGAAAUCCUGUGUGGAUUGUCGUCUCACUCUUUGUAAAUCUCAUUUAGAAUCUCAUAAUAAUAUGCCAAAAAUUAAGGAACACAAGCUGAUAAGCCCAUUAAAGAACCUGGAGGACUACAUAUGCCAGAAGCACAGGAGACCCCUGGAGUUGUUCUGUAGAGAUGACCAGAUGUUUGCGUGUAUGAUCUGCACUGUGACUGACCACAAGAAGCACAACACUGUUCCUGUAGAGGAGGGGAUUGGAGAAAUGAAGCUGGAGAAGACACAGACAGAGGUGCAGCAGAUGAUCCAAGACAGACUGAAGAAGAUCAAAGACAUCAAACACUCAGUAGAGCUCAGAAAAGUGAGUGAACCAUGACAUAUUGUG